AUGGCUCCUCCAUGGCCCUUUCCCCCAUUAUUGACCAUGUCUACUCCUAGCUAUCAACCUUUGAAACUGGGCGAAGAUGGGGCCUCUCCCGGAAGAACCAUUUUUCAUCGACCGCGCUUGGCGAUCCUUACUAUCACGGCUUGCACCUUGUUCGCCUGCAUGUUUUAUCUAUGGCGUCCAGCAGGGAUUGCCCAGGGCGGCAGCUUGUAUGAUGCUCUUAGGGAAGGGCAUGCAUUCCCCGGCAUGUGCUUGGAUGUCUCCCCUCCCAGUGUUUCUGCCAGAGCUAACCCAUGGAAAAACUUGGCGGUCGACGAAGUCGUACAAUUAAGGAUAUGGCUUUUCAGAGAUGAGCUCGGUUUCAACCUCACUCGCUCUGACAUCGCACAGCUCUCGGAUAACUCUAUUUUUCUCAUUGAGAACUUUCGUCCCCCGAAGUCAGAUGUCCUUGCUUAUCUCAAUGAAGGGGCACCACCACCGGAACGCUACGCCCGUGUGACCAUGCACCACGGAGCUCAUGCUGAGCCAGUGAUACGGGAUUAUUUGGUUGGCCCCUUGCCUCUCUCCAGUGUCACUACAAUCCGUCAAUUGACGGAAAUGUAUCAUGAGCCGAAUGUCCCUUAUAAUGCCCGUGGAUUUGCACAAAUGGGAGAAAUGGUGUCCGCAGUAAAACGCUUCAUGACUCCAUUAGAGAAUAUCACCGAAGAGCUGUUUGGAGGGACCGCUCGUGGACUCCCGAACGACACGCUCAUCGCCAGUGGCUCGGCGCCUUUUUCUUUUGAUGGUUCAUUCCGAAGGCACCUCUUCCGAUUAAUUUUGGCAUGGCUUACCUGGCGUCGUAAUGCCCCUGGUCCGUGGCUCCAUCCCCUUGGUUUCUUUCAGUAUGUAUCCAUGGAUGGUACCGAUUCUUCUAAGUGGAAGUUAUUGAAAGUCGUCUACAACCACCAGAUCUUCAACUCCAAUGAAGAGUUCGUCGCCGCAUUUCAUAAUGGCACGCUGAAGAGAUUACCCUCCCCAGACAAAAACACUCCCAGCUGGUCAAGUCGGCAACGCAGAGGGCCUGCUCCUGAUCUUGACGAUCGUGCUGGACCACGAUCGGUUUCCUUCAAUGGCCUGCGCUACAGAGUGGAUAGAGAAAAUCAGUACAUAACAUGGAUGGGGUGGUCUAUGUAUCUUGGAUUUGAUCGAGACAUGGCACGUUUCUCCCGCUUUCGCACCAUCACACACUCUCACCGUCCUCAGGGCCUAUCGCUCUGGAAUAUUGGUUUCCGUGGCGAACGGAUCAUUUAUGAGCUUGCUCCCCAAGAAGCGAUGGCCCAAUACGCUGGAAAUGAUCCCUUACAGGCGACAACUGCAUGGCUGGACAGAUAUUUUGGCAUGGGCGCGUCUGUUCGAGAUAUGCUGCCUGGCUACGACUGCCCGGCCGAGGCACAGUAUUUGCCGGCUACGGUUCACACUGCACUAGGUUCAUACUCUCGAGAACGUGCAAUUUGCGUUUUCGAGCUCGACACAGGACGGCCAAUGACCCGUCAUCAUGGAUAUUUAGAGGAACACGGCGUAGUGAAAGGCUACGCUUUCACUGUUAGAUCUAUUUCGACCGUGGGCAAUUAUGAUUACUUGUUUGAUUAUACUUUCUUUGUUGACGGCACUAUCGAAGUCCGCCUGUCCGCAUCGGGCUAUUUGCAAGGAGGGUAUUGGGAGCCCAAGCAAACGGGUUACGGCACACGGAUUCAAGACCAGACAAUGGGCAGUCUUCACGACCAUGUCAUUAAUUAUAAGGUGGAUCUUGACAUUGCCGGAACUGAAAAUUCGCUUUUGGAGACAACCACAUCCGUGGAAGAAGUCAGCCAUCCAUGGUACGAUGAUGACUGGGGAAAAACCGUGCUGCAGCAACAUAUUGUUCACCGAUAUAUUGCCACUGAGGACGAAGCUCUACUGAAAUAUCCCAAGAACUUCCAAGGCGGCUAUUCAGUCAUGAAUCGUAAUGCUACCAAUUCAUGGGGAAAUGCCCGUGGCUACGCUGUUCACGCCGGGUUCAAUCCUAUUCACAACACGGUUGUAGGGUCGAAAAGGUUACUGAACAACGCUAACUGGGCGCAAUACAAUCUUGCCGUCAGUCUGCGCAAGGAGAUAGAACCAACCUCCUCAUCUAUGUGGAAUAUGAACUUGCCAGGAAGGCCCACGGUCGAUUUCCAUCGUUUCUUCGACUCGGAGAGUUUGGAUCAAACGGAUCUGGUUGCGUGGAUCUCGGUGGGCACGCAUCAUUUACCCCAAACAGAAGAUGUUCCCAAUACGAGGACUAUCACCGCGACUUCCAGCUUCUUUUUGACACCACUGAACUACUUUGAUUACGACAUCUCAAUUGACUCAACAAACGCGAUUCUUGUAAACAUUCCCACCGAAGCAGGCGGAGAAUAUACUUUUGAGGACUAUGGUGUAAAGCCUGACUACUGUUUGCCGCCGCCAGUUGCGCCCGUUACAUAUUCAAGUGGGAUUGAAUAUGGCUUAGAUGGGAAGAAGGUCGGACCUCGCAAUCCAGAAGAGCUCAGGAAGCACUCGGAGCUGUAUCAUCGUAUGAAGAUGGAAAUAUGAAAUUUACUCGUGGUGAAAGCUCAGGAGUAUCGUUGUA